AUGGGCCAGUCACAUUCCAAGGGCAACGCUUCAGGCGACCCUUUGCAGUCUUAUCCUUCCUUCUCGAAAUCCGAUACGAAGGAAUCCCUUCGCUCUUUCCGCGGCUCGAUCCGAUCGAAAAUCCCAGGGACUCGGAGCUCUGACAGCCCUCGUGGUUCUACCACCGCCCUUUCUCGAACCGAAAGUCAGACCGACAAGUCUGAUGUUGGCUCAAUCAAGUCGGCCAAAUCAGGCGGCAGCCGUCCUAGCUCCAAUGCCGGUCUUCCCCAGACGCCUGGCUCCGAAGACGCCUCCCGACCCGGUUCUCCCCAACCCCCACCAUCUCCUUCGCUUUCUGCCAGUUUGCAGAAAGGACACAAGGAUGUGAAUGCGAUGCAGCAGAGCGGUGAGGUGGACCAUGUGUCCGAAGGUCCUCCUUCUGGUGGUCCCCCGACCGGCGCCGCUCCAGCUGUUGGUGAAUCCAUCCUGAUGAAGCGCGAGAACCAGCUGAACCCUAUUCUGGACUUCAUUAUGAAUGCGCCUCUGGAGACAUCUGGCUCCCCUGGAAUGGGCAUGGGCGCUUUGAAAUCUAUUGAUUUGGACGACAUGAUCACGCGACUUCUGGAUGCUGGGUAUUCUGCCAAGGUUACGAAGACUGUGUGUUUGAAGAACGCAGAAAUUACCGCCAUUUGCACGGCCGCGCGUGAGCUUUUCCUAUCUCAGCCUGCUUUGUUGGAGCUUUCUGCUCCUGUGAAGAUUGUCGGUGAUGUGCACGGUCAAUACACCGAUCUCAUUCGGCUGUUCGAGAUGUGUGGUUUCCCACCUGCCUCAAACUACCUCUUCCUGGGUGACUAUGUCGACCGCGGCAAGCAGAGUCUAGAGACGAUUCUCUUGCUGAUGUGCUAUAAGCUCAAGUAUCCCGAGAACUUUUUCCUGCUGCGCGGAAACCACGAGUGCGCCAACGUCACACGAGUUUAUGGAUUUUACGACGAGUGUAAGCGUCGUUGCAACAUCAAGGUCUGGAAGACCUUUAUCGAUACCUUCAACACCCUCCCCAUCGCUGCGAUUGUCGCCGGCAAGAUUUUCUGUGUUCACGGUGGUCUCUCGCCUAGUCUCUCCCACAUGGAUGAUAUCCGGGGUAUCGCUCGUCCCACCGAUGUGCCCGACUAUGGUCUGUUGAAUGAUCUCCUAUGGAGUGACCCAGCGGACAUGGAAGAAGAUUGGGAGCCCAAUGAACGAGGUGUCAGCUACUGCUUCGGAAAGAAGGUGAUCAUGAACUUCUUGCAACGCCAUGACUUCGACCUGGUUUGUCGUGCACACAUGGUUGUUGAGGAUGGCUACGAGUUCUACCAGGAUCGCAUCCUGGUGACCGUCUUCUCAGCACCUAAUUACUGCGGUGAAUUCGAUAAUUGGGGCGCGAUCAUGUCUGUCUCAGGUGAAUUGCUUUGCAGUUUCGAACUUCUCAAACCGCUGGACUCGACCGCCUUGAAGAACCAUAUUAAGAAGGGUCGUAAGGAGCGCAACAGCAUCCUGAACAGCCCUCCCGCCGCCGUAUCAGCACAAAGCUAUUAG